GGUACUUUCCUGGCGAGUGUCGACGAGUCGCUGGUGAUCUCGACAUAUAGUACCAUUUCUUCGCAGUUUCAACGUCUUUCGGAGGGAUCGUGGCUUCUGGUAGCGUAUAAUCUGGGGUACUGUGUCUCGCUUCCGGUGUAUGGUGUGGUGAGUGAUCGAUUUGAUAAGAAAAGGGUGCUCAUUGGCUCUUAUCUGCUCUUCACGCUGGGUAGUAUUGCGUGUGGUGCGAGUACGUCCUUAGUGCAGCUUGCCCUUGCACGAGUCAUUGCUGGAAUCGGUGGUGCGGGAAUGGUUAUUCUCGUCUCCAUUGUUUUGACCUGUAUAGACAUUGUGAAGCCGGAAGAUGUAGCAAUUUAUCGAGGCUAUGAGAACACUGUAUACAUCACCGGGCGCAGUCUGGGCGCGCCGAUUGGGGGCUUGCUGAUUGACACCAUCGGUUGGCGCUGGUCAUUUAUUGGUCAAGUGCCCAUAGCCAUAGCAUGUAUUAUGCUAGUUGGGUAUCUGCUGCCAGAGCUUCGACCCAAGACAUUUUGCAGAGACAACGAGAGUCCAUUCCUCUCCCGGGUCUGCAGCUUUGACUUCCUAGGAAUCAUCAGCUUUACCGUCAGCGUAAUCCUUCUUCUGGUUGUUCUUCAUACCACCGGAAUGCAGAAGUCAGACCGUCCUGAUUGGGCGUAUAUCGCACUUAUUGGACUAAUCCUGGCGAUCACAUUGUUCAUCCUAACCGAAGUAUACUGGGCCAAGAACCCACUUCUUCCAACCGAUCUGACGCGCAAGUCUCUGGGCGGAUAUUGUUCCGUGCAGUUUCUGCUCUUCGCAGGACGCAACGCGCUCGUUAGCAGUCUAAUCCCGUACUUCAUUCGCACCGCCAACACAUCUGAUCUGAUUGCUUCGCUAUCAUUUGUCCUUACCUCUCUCGGAGUAUCCGCCGGAGGGCUGGUGUCGGGUUAUUUGAUCAAGCGAACGCGUCAGUAUAAAAUCAUGGAACUCAUCGCAUUAUGCCUGAGUACCCUGAUUUAUGUCGCAAUCUUCAUCCAAUGGCAGGACGGAUGCAGCAUCUGGGAAUCCCUCUAUCUCUUCGCUUCGGGUCUCACCCUCGGAAUCGUGUUCUCGUCGCAGUUUGUCGGCAUGUCGGCCAGCUCGCCCAAGUCCCGUCUCGCGAGUUGCAUUGGAGCGUACUAUCUGAGUCAACAGCUGGGCUUUAUCGUUGGACCUGCGGCUGGGUUGGCGCUGGUCCAGGGGUUGUUUGCGUCACGGCUUGGGCGGAGCUUGGUCGUACCUGAUAGGGAUCUGACUAUCAAGCAUAUAUUGGAUGAUGCAAGGUACACGAGGAUGCUGCCAGCUGCGGCUCAGCGGGUUGUGCGCGAAAGCUAUUUGUAUGGGUUCAAGUUUGCGCCCGUGUUGUCGGUUGUGUGUAACCUGGCUGCACUGUUAGUGGUCCUGCAUUUGAGGGCUGAAAAGAUCCUGUAA